UUUUUUUUUUUUUUUUUCUUUCUCCCAUUCUCAAUUUCACUAUAAGAGCUGGUCACACUGUUGAAGAGAGGACAAGAGCGGCCGAUCACAAAGUGUUGAUAUCCAGGAGACUGUGGUUGGAAUUUCUGUGGAUAUGAGCGGAUUGAUCAGGAUGGAAAGUCAAAAGUUCUCAUUCACGAUUGAAAACAUUCUAAGCAAAUAUCCCCACAGCAAUGGGGACAAUCAACCGUGUCUGACAAGUGAUGCUGGACAAAAGGAGAAAGCAGUGAGUCCUGAUGGAGGUCAAACCCAGGCUGUUCAUCACACCUGCUUGUGCUGCAGCUGUUGCUCUCACUGCAGAGACGUCUUCCACACCGAAUUCAUCCACGAAGAGCUCCAGCCUGCAGGCUGUCAGUACGGCUGGCCCCUAGUGUCCGACAGACUGGGAGAGGCUCACAGAAAGGAGCAGUUACCCGGUCAGGUGCAGAGGAGAACCAGACGCCACCGCACGAUUUUCACAGAGGAGCAGCUGGAAGCACUGGAGGAGUUGUUCCUGCAAAACCAGUACCCAGAUGUGAACACAAGAGAGAAUCUAGCACAACGCACUCAUCUGAGGGAAGAAAGAGUAGAGGUUUGGUUUAAAAACCGAAGAGCAAAGUGGAGACGUCAAAAAAGACUAACAUUUGGUGUGGGAAUCAUGGAACAUAAAAAUUAAUAUAUGGAUCACAGCAUUAAAAAAAAUGUCAGAUGUGUGUGAGAGAGUUGUAUAAGGCAAAAAUCACGUAAUAAACAAAUGCAAAGGCCUGUAAU